AUGAAGGACAUAAUUGCCGAGUAUGAAAUUGUUGGAAAGAUUGAAGAACCAAAAGAAGGCCAUUCUAACGAUAUUGUAGAGAAUGAAAAAUAUAAAAAUGAUGAAAAUGAUAAAAAUGAUGGAAAUGACAAAAAUGAUAAAAAUGAUGGAAAUGACAAAAAUGAUAAAAAUAAUGGAAAAGAUGAUAGAAUACAUGUUGAGAUAAAUAAUGAGGGAAAAAGCUUAGGUGUAUCAAAUAUGAAGAACGAAAAAGAAGAAGAAAAAAAAACGAUGCUUAAUUCUACAUAUAAUAAAUGUACACAUUUGGAGAAUAAAAAUGAGAUGGAUAAUAUAAUAGAGGAAGAAUCAGAAUAUAAUAUUAUAAAUAAUGAUGAAGGAAAAAAAAUGAAGGAAUGUCAAAUUAUAGGAAAUGGUACAAUUAUUAAAGAUAUAUCAACAGAGGAAAAGAAUAAAAUAAAAUGUAUGUCUAUUAAUAAUAACGAAUGUGAUAUACAUAAGGAAGAUGAUAAUAAAAAUAAUAUUAGGAAUAUAAAUAAAAUGAAAAGCAUAAUUAUAAAUAAGAACGAAAAUGAAUAUAGAAAUGAUGAUAAACAAGAUAAUACUAAUAGUUUUGGCAAUAAUAAUAAUUAUAAUUGUAAUAUUGUUAAUAAGAGGACAUCACAUGUUAGUAUAAAUAUGUCAGAUAAAUGUAGCAAUAUGAAACACUAUAAAGUAUUAAUACAUGCUCCUGCAUGUUGGAAAGGAGAAAAAUUUAAUGGUACACCUUUUAUAUUUGUUUAUGACAAAAGUAUAAAUUUUUAUACUUAUAGUGAAUCACCUCUAGAAAUAGAAAAAUAUAUUAUCGAUACUAAUGAUGAAAAUUUUGAAAAUAGAGUAUUAACUAUUAUAUUUUAUGAUUCUCUUUUUGCUUGUUCUACAUCAAGUCUUCUUAUAAAUAAUAAUAAAAAUGAAUUGCAACAUUUGCCCAAACCAUUGAGUGUUUUUUAUUUACCUUUAUGUAAACUGGAUUUAGAAAAUGAUUCUGUUAAAUAUAGAUUAGGUCUAAAAACAAAUAGCAUUUUGUGUAACAUUAAUAUAAAUGAAGCUAUUGGUUUAUUUAAUAAUAGUACAAAAUUGAGUGGUCAAAAUAUAAAUAAAUUUAGUUUACAUUUUUUUUUAAAAAAUAAUAAUUAUUUAAAUAAUAACAAUAAUAAUAAUUGUAAUUUUCCUUAUAAUUAUCUUAAUUAUAAUACUAAGAUUUAUGGAAUACCGCGAUCCAAUUUGUCAUCUUGUGUACAAAAGCAUACUCUAUAUGAAAAUAAUAAAUAUAAAAACAAUAAUAAUAACAACAAUAAUAAAAAUAAUAGUAACAAUAAUAAUAAUAAUAGUAACAAUAAUAAAAAUAAUAGCAAUAAUAGUUGUAGUAGUACUAUUGGUAAGAGACACAUUUUAAAUUCUUCAAAAAGUCAAGUACAUUAUUUUAAAACUAAUAAUUCGGGAGAUCAGAAUGAAUAUAUAUCAUUAGAUAAAAUAAAAAGUAAAUGGGAACAAUAUGCACAUAUGAAUAACACAGGGAACCAAAAUAAUAUCCAUUUAAUAAAAAAUGAUAAGGUGUUACAACAUAUGAUGAGAAAUGAAAAAAAAAAUAAAAAUAAUAAUAAUAAUAAUAAUAAAUUUAUAAAUCUUAAUAAGUAUGAUUCUACGUAUGAAAAUAUAUGUAUAGAUAAUGAAUCUUUUACUAGCAAAAUGAAAUCUGAUAUAUACUUAAAUAACGGACAGAAUAUGUAUCACAAUAUGAAUAAAACAGAAUUAAAGAAAAAUAUUUUUCUUGAGAGGGACAUAUUAACUAAAGAAAACAACAAAAAUAAAGAAGCACAUAAUAAUAAUUGUAAUAAUUGUAAUAAUUGUAAUAAUUGUAAUAAUACGUUUAAGAAGGAAAAUACGAAUAUUAUGUCAAGGGAUAAAUCUGAUUACCAUAUUUACGAACAAGAAGAAAAAUAUUUGGAAGAAUUAGACAUAAAAGAUGAUGUCUUACCAGAUGAUAGUGCUUCUAUGAUACAUAUACGUGAUAAAGAUUCUAUCAUAUCAGGAAGGAGCAAAAAAAUGCAUGAAAAAAGUAAGUUAACUACCAAUUUUAAUGUGGCUCACAAUAUAUUUUCUACGGUAAAACAAAUUAUACAAAAAAAAAAUGAUCAUCGAAAGGUGGAGAAAAAUAAUAUUGAAGAGAAUACAAACAGUCAAAUGUGUAAUGAAAAUAGGAACAAUAUAAAUAAUAUAAAUAAUAAUAAUAAUAUAUGUUGUGAUAAUAAAAGAGAAGAAUGUGGAUAUGAUAGAAUCAAUGAAAUUACACAAGAAAAGAAUAAAACUAGGAAAGAACCAAAUUUUAUAAAUGACGAUAAAUCCGUAUGCUACUCUCAAGUUAGUAAUUUAAAAUAUUUUAAUACGAACCAUUCUAUAUGUUCAUCAUACGGAAAAAAUGAUGAACAUUUAAUUCUAGCUAUAAAAGAAAUUAAAGAUUGGAUGGAAAAGAUCGAAGAUAAAGUUAGUACAAUAUCAGCAUGCGAGAAAAGUGAUGUAAAUGUUACAACGAAUGGAAUUUCUAGAUGUCAUGAAGAUAAAUAUAACAGAUUAUUAAAAUUUUUAAUAAAAAGUGUAAAAAAUAAUAUUAAAUUAAAAAAUAAAAGUAUUUAUAAAAGAUGUUAUUUAAAUAUCCGAAAUCUUUACUUAGUAAAAAAAAAUGAUAAAAUAAAAUUUGAAAAUAAAUUAUUAGAAAGAAAUUAUAAUAAGAUCAAAACAAAAUAUAGAAAUGUUUUAGUAAAUAUAUGUAAAAAAAUAUUUUUAUUAAAAUAUUAUUCAGCAAAGGAUAAAUUACAUUUUAAUAAAAAAUAUGAAAAUAUGAUGAGACACCUACAAUUAGAAAAAAAUGAUUUAUUAAGUAUUAUUGAAGAAAAAAAAUAUGAGUUAGAAAAUAAUGUUAAUUUAAAUCAUAUAUUAUCAGAACAAUUAAAAAAAAAUCAAGAAGAAAAAGAAGAUAUUAUUAAUAAGAAUUUUUAUUAUGAACAACAAGUAGAUAAUGUUACGAAAAAAUAUGAACAUCUACAUAAUGAUGUUAUUACAUUAAAAGAAGAAAUAGAACAACUACAAAAAGAUAACCAUGCUCUGAAAAAAAAUAAAGAACAACUAUUAAAUGAAAAUGAUAUAAUGAAAAAAGAAAAUGAUAUGUUAAAAAAAGAAUUAGGAGAAACCAAAGCUAAAUAUUUUAAUUUGACUGGUAUAUUAGAAGGUGAAGAAAAAAUGUAUAGUCAAAAAGUAGAAGAGCUCGAAGAAAAACUACAAAAAGUUACAUAUGAAAAAAAUAAUAUGAUUAAUGAUAUAAAAGAUGAAAUAGAUAAAUUUACAAUACUUAUAAAUGAAAAAGAUAAAGAAAAUAUGAGAAUUAAAGACAAAUUAAAAGAAUUAAAAAAUGUAGAAGAGAAAUAUAAAAAUACUCAAAAAAAUUUCGAUUCCCUAAAAAAAGAAUUCGAAGAAUCUUUUGAACAAGUACAAAUUAUUUUAAAUGAAAUGAUACAAAAAGAAAAAGAAUAUACUAAAAAAUAUAAUAAUUCUAUCACAUCUUUAGAAAAAGAACAUAAUGAAAUAAUACAAAAAAUUAUAGAAGACAAAAAUUUAAUCAUUAAGGAAUUACAAUAUUUUAAAGAUUUGUGUAAAAACCAAUGUAAUAAAAUUAUUACAUUCGAUGAAAGUUUAAUUACUGCAGAGAAAUUAUUAGAACAUGUAUUAUCUCAAUAUCCACAAAUAUUUAAUGAAUUUAAAAAUAGUUCUAGAAAUAAUUUAUUAAAUAAAUCUUUUGGAAAAAUGCAUUAUGAAAAUAUACAUGCAGUAAGGGAUAAUAUUAAACUUAUUAGAAAAUCAUUAAGUCAUUUUAAAAUGACAUGUAAAAAUAAUUCUUUUCAAUUUUUUCAUAACUCCGACUCGACAAAAAAAUACACAAGUAACCACAACAAUAACAAAAAUAAUAAUCAUAAUAAUAAUCAUAAUAAUUAUCAUAAUAAUAAUCAUAAUAAUAAUCAUAAUAUUAAUUAUUAUCAUCAUAAUUAUAACAGUGCUAAUAAUAUCCAAGCAUAUACUAGUAGGAAUAAACGAGUUACUAGUCUCUUAAGAAAUUAUGAAAAAACAGAUUCACAAAAAGAAUAUAAAAACAAAAAUAUUCAUGUUUUACACACUGGUAGGAAAAGAACAGUAAGUAGUAAUAGCACUAGAAAUAAUUCUAUAUUAUCAGACUAUGCAAAAAAAAAUAUAGACUUAAGAAAAAAAAUUGAUAGUUAUAAUUCCUUAUUCCAAAAAAAUUUUAUAGAAACUACUAGUAAACAGAAUACAACAACAGAGAAAAAUAAAAAAAUUAAUGAUGAUAUAAUGAAUACAUAUGAAGAGAAUACAAACAUGGAUAUUAAGAAAGAGAUAAAUAACUUACAAAAUGAACAUCAUAAUAAGAAUAUAUAUAAUAACGGAAAUGAAUUUCAUGUUACCUCAAAAAAACAUGUAAAUACAGAAAAUGAAACCAUACAAAACAGUUAUGAUAAUAUAACUAAAAUAAUAAAUGAUAUUACUAAUUAUGAUGAAAUAAAAUAUAAUCAAAUCGAUAUAUUAAAUGAAGAUAAUUUAAGUAAAGACAUUAAUGAAUUAAAUAAUAUUGAUAUUGUAAAUAUGUAUGAAAAAAAUAAUUCUUCAAAUAACAUGAACGAUUCAGAACAUGUAUAUACAAAUAGGAAAAAGCAAUCAAAUGGAAAUAUGGAUCUUCCAGAAAAUAAUAAAAAUGAAAUGUUUGAUGUUGUAAAGGUAAAUAAGUUACAUAUAAAUAAACCACACGAGGAUAAUUCAUCUAAUAUAGAUAUAGAUAUAGACAAUAAUAAUAAUAAUAAUAAUAAUAAUAGUAGUAGUGUAAAAUAUGUUCAAGAAUUUCACAAAAAUAAUUUUAAGGAAGUCAUAUCCUUUAUUGAAAAAAAUGUUAUUAAAAAUAUCCCAGCAGUGAAAUGUAGUGACAAAAAUACAAAAGAAAUAAAUAAAUUAAAUGUUAACGAUGUACCAACAAAAUUAUCUACCAAUUUAAUAAAACAUUCAAGACAGGUAAGCUCUUCAGUUAAUUCUUCAAAAUCAUUAAAUGUACAUAAGGGAUAUGAAACAAAUAAAAAUGAAAAAAAAAUUAUUAGAACAUUAUCAGAUAAUAGUCCAACGAAAAAAGGGGUUAAUAAUAUUUAUACACAAACGAAGGUAUAUACAACUCAUAAUAAAUGUAAAAAUAUAGAUGAAGUAGAAAAUGACAAAAAGAUUGAAAUAAUGAAUUCAAAAUCUCCAAAAGCAUCCCUGAGAAAAAAAAUCAUCGAUAAAUGA